AUGAAGAUAAUCGCACUUCUACUAUUGGCUUUUGUAUACAAGGGUGGAUUUAGUAUCAACACUCCCGUGGAAUUGGCCUCCGUAUCGCACGCAACAUAUCUGGAACUCAGCCCUUUGGAAAGGCUCAAUCUCGUCGGAUUCACCCUUGACGUCUCGAACAAUUAUGGAGACGAACGUUUCAAAGUCUAUAACUUUGUUCUCGACGGUAUACAAACUAGACUUGUCAUUCCUCAGAACGAGAAUUACAUUGGAAAAAUAACAGAUGGGAACGACGUAAUUUGGGAACCUGAAGGAAAAGAAAAAGGCCUUCAAGCCAACAUUUACUUGGGAAAUGAUGUUCCCGCAAUAUUGGAUUUAACCACGUCCGCUCGAGGCGGUUUUGGAAGGGCUCUCUUUGUUAAGGACGGCAAUGUUUGGCUCCCAAAGACGGAGGAAACUGAAAGAAUGUAUAAUGUAGUUAGCUGGAAUCUGAGGAAAAUCGCACGUUCCCCUCUAGCAUUCAACAUUGAUCUCUCAAUCGACAGAGACACCGAAAGAUGUGCCGUUGUAAACUUUGACAUAAAGGGCGUUGUAACACGCAUGCAUAUCCCAAAGUACGGAUUUCGCGCCCAUGGAGUUUACUAUGGAAAAGAAGAGGUUUGGAGAUGCUCGUCCUCCAAAGAUUACGUUGGUUGGAUUCCAAGCAAGUUUAGGGCAACGUUUGCCAAGGUGCACUUUAAGAACGGAAAACCACACCUUGCCCACGUAAUUGUCAGGAGGUUGGAUGACACUGCUGUGAGUUACUAUUACGUAUGGCAGAGAAUGGAAUGGAAGGAAAAUGAAGAGCUUUUCGUUACGGAAUUGGAUGAAUUGAUCAGGGAAUCGAAAAAGGCCCUUUCACUCAAAUCCUUACACAACUACAUUGCAAGAAUGGAUUUUGACACAUUUUUGGAACCAGUUGAUCAGGAUGAAUAUGCUCCAUAUUCUCAAUAUACCCAUCUUGUUGACAAUCAGACAUUCAAUCUGUUUGAGUUUGAAAGGGAUGGCGCAAUAAUUUUGCACUGCGUACCCAAAGAAGGCGUUCGUGUAAAUACAUUCUUCCAUGGAAAUAACCGUGUAUGGAAAGGUAAAGAAGGUGAAUAUUGCCUUUCGGCAACCAUUUACCACGACAGCGAAAAUGCUGUGACUGUCAUGAUAAAAUAUGCAUACGACGAGACAGUUUCAAACUGUUUCUGCAACCUAAAGGAUAAAGGGUGGACUUGUGUAAACAAGGAGGAACACCAAGCUGCUAUCAGCUCCAUCAAAGUCUCUGACAAGGCUGUAAAGUCAAAGCUAAAGGGACAAAUGAGCAGAGCAAAUAAAUCCAGGUAUUAUCCAAAGAGGUCUGACAAUCUCUCUAUACAUGAUCUCACAGUUCCAAUCACCCUGGACAUUGCAAAACCAGACAAAAUUCACAUGGAUAUUAAAACGACGAAUAGUGAUGGUCUAAAGACCACGUAUUACUAUCAGCUCGGAAAACUAUACUUUAAUGAAGUUAAGGAUAAUUCCACUAGUAUAUGGAAGGCUGGAGACGGUGAAACAUGUCCACUUGUUUACAAAACGACGAGAAAUGAUAAACAGUUCCUUACCAUACUUGUCAAGAAAGCAGAUGAAUCCAACAUCCUCUCCUACGAAAACGUUGGUAAUUUAAAGGCAAGGGAAUGGAAGUUUGUGGAACAACAAGAUGACGAUGAUGAGAGGGAAGUUGUUGAACCAAAACAAGAACUUCUCGUCUUCAAGACCGCUGACUUGAAUAUCGCCGAUGUGGAUCAAUCACUCUUUGACACCUUUGAGGAUUAUGAAGACAAGGUCCAUUUGAAAAAGUUCACAGCAAAGACUGAAGAACAAAUUGGAAGAAUUGUGGACAAAGAUGCCCAAAUUUGGAAGUCUGAACUGCCAGGCGAACGCUGUACAUUGGCUACAGUCUACUAUGACGGCAAAGAACCGAAACUGGUUUACCUGGUAGCAAGUGGUUUUCUAGGUAGCGCUGGAAUCAACUUUUACAAGAGAGGCAGCAAAUGGAUUAGGGUCUCCAAGGAGGAUUACAAUAGGGUCUUGUCCAGAAUGAAAGACAUUCCUUACAUGCCGGAACAGCAUCACGCUGACUUGGAUAUAAAUUAUAUUGACUCCAAACUAUUUGCCGUUGACGAGGCAGUGGAGGACGGCAUAUUGGUCAAGGAAUUCACCGUACGACACGGCUACAUUCUUACGGAUAUAUUCCAGUCAAGCGUCCCAAUUUGGGAAGGAGGCAAGGGCGAAUCAUGCACAUCAGCACUGGUUUAUUAUGAUGGUUUUACUGCCAUUGCUGCUACCAUUCAUUUUGUCAAUGGAUACGGCAACAAGUUUGUAAAGUACCUUGUCCAUGAAGGUAAGAAAUGGGUACACGUGGAUAAGGAAGAGCAUCAAAAGCUGCUGAUCGGAUUAAGAGAAAGACUUGUUGGAGUGGACCGCGUGUUCCCAUUCCAUUCACUUCGCUUCAAGGCCUAUAGUGAAUCUGAUUUAUCGAGUCUAGGCAAGCGCCGCAAAAAGAAGGUUGAUCUUGUGUAA